GCUCUCGCCUGAGCGCGCUCCUCUGUCGGCUCACUAACUGGGUGUCGGCGUGAACGUCGGGAAGCUGUGAAUGAACAUUAAUGUGGAAUCUAAUGUGCUUUUCGCGCCGGAUGGUUUUCCUCGGCCAUUUCAUUUCUGCUUCGGAAGCCGGGCACUGAGCAAUAGUGGUGAGGUGAUGGCAGAUUUGGCAGGCAGCACAGAUCUCAGCAGAUGGUCUGUUGCACACUGAACCGACCAAAAACAGCAAAACAUCGAAGGAUAGACAGAAUGGAUUUCUUUAAUUGGACCGAAGGAGCCUUUCCUACAAACAGCAGCAGUUUUGACUCCUUUGAGACUGCAACACUCCCUCCCAGUAAAAUCCUACUAACAAUAACCCUUUCUAUCGUUGCUGUACUAACUACAUUCUUUAACUGUCUGGUGAUCACAGCUAUUGCUGUCACCCGCAAGCUACAUCACCCAGCCAACUACCUCAUCUGCUCGUUAGCGGUGACUGACCUGUUGGUGGCUGUGCUAGUCAUGCCCUUCAGCAUAAUCUACAUCCAGAAUGAAAAAUGGAUCAUGGGCGAGGUGGUGUGCACCAUUUGGUUGAGCAUAGACAUUGCGUGUUGUACCUGCUCAAUUCUUCAUCUUGCUACAAUUGCCAUUGACCGCUAUAGGGCCAUUACGGAUGCUGUGGAGUAUUCUCGCAAGCGCACAGGAGCCAGGGCUGGUGCCAUGGUGGCACUAGUGUGGCUCUUGUCCAUUCUCAUUUCACUUCCUCCGCUACUCUGGCGACACUACAGCGAUGACGAAGAGCAUAAGGAUCAAUGCAUCAUCAUCCACCACCACAUGGCUUUCACUCUUUAUUCCACACUUGGAGCAUUUUAUAUUCCUCUGAUGCUCAUUCUAAUCCUCUACUACAAAAUCUACAAGGCUGCUCAGACACUUUACAUGCGCAGAGAGGCUAGCAGGGCUAGCCGUCACUCAUGCAUGACCAAUGGGAGCAUGAUUCCUUCAUCCUAUCCUGCUGGAGACAGCGAUGGCGAUGGUGGUCCUCAGAGUCCAGAGCCCAUAAGCCCACCAGAAAAGUCCAUCUCUGAGCCUUCUACUGAGGAAACGCCACGUGAACGGGUGCGAGCCUCCAAAAAAGUUUUCCAAAGCAAGUCACGCAGGCAUGACUCGAGGAGCGAGUCGCGUCGAAGCCAAAUUUACCAAGCGCCCCGAAUUUCAGGCUCACGGGAACGAAAGGCAGCAUCCACACUGGGGUUAAUAAUAGGGGCCUUUGUUAUCUGUUGGCUGCCAUUUUUUGUCAAGGAGGUGAUCGUCAACACAUGUGGUUCAUGCAACACUUCUAUCGAAAUGGCAGAUUUUCUUACGUGGUUGGGCUACCUUAACUCUCUGAUCAACCCCCUCAUCUACACCAUCUUUAAUGAGGACUUUAAAAAAGCUUUCCAAAAACUUAUUAGAUGCAGUCAUUACCUCUGAUGCUUAGUCAUGCGUGAUCAAGCUCACACACCAUUUAACAAACGUAUGUAACAAAAAGAGAACAAAAGUAGUGGCUUCAGUCAGAGAAUACUAAUGGAACACUAAAUCAAUAUACCACAGGAAAAAGGAUGUAAACAAGAAAAAAAGACUGAUUCCCAUUUUCAGAAUUGAUAUUAACUACUUCAACAAACUAAGUGGCACCCCAUCUCACUGAUGGGUAUUGGUUUAAAGUUCAACACUGAAGUCCAGCCUCUGCUAUUUAUAGAGCAGCCCAAUAUCUCCCUAAUGUUAAUUGGUGUGUGUGAACGGAUGCUGACAUGUUGGUUUUGAAAUAUAAGGCAACUGCUGACAUUUCUGAGGUCUGGGUUCAGAGCAUUAGAGAUUAGCCCUAUUUAAAGGUCUAUAAAUAGCUGACCAUCAUGUCCGAUCCAGAUAAUAAAUUCAUUUUUGUCAGCUGGACUCCGCUGGCUAAAAUGUGUCAUGUGUAAAAUACCACAACCUACCAAGUCAUUGUUUUAUAUGGUCAUGGUAUUAAAAAACCCCUUUUUUCUCACUUUCACUCUCAUCAUCAACAGAAAUAUUUUUUUGUGUUAUAUUUGUUCUGCAAAACCUUUGAACAAAUUUGAACAUGUUGUUCUGACUUCAAUCAUUUAAAAUGUCUUAAAGUUAUGGAAAUAUUCUGUGGGUUUUAUAAACUUCACUAUGCUGCAUCUUAACAUCCUGUGUUUUUAAACAGAAAAGGUUAACAUUCAGAAAUGUUUAUAAAGUAUUUGAAGGGUAAUUAUCUGCUUUCAGAACUAUGGAUGCCCCAAUUAAGCUAUUUAUGGUAGAUACUGUCCUUAUGCAUUACCAAAUUAACUCAUGUCACACUAAUUUAUAAAUAAAUGGAUAAAAUGUAUCUUAAAAAAAUAUUUGCUUCAAUCGCUCUCUCUCUUUCUGAAAACAAAAUUUCAGGUUGCCUGGACAAAUUUGGAGCUCCUAAUUAGUGAUUUAAAGUUGAAGAAAGUUUAGAAGAGUGCUCUAAGAAUUUAAGGCAAUAAGACCUUUGAGGUCUGGCAUCUUCAGACACCUGAAAGCAGCAUCAGAUAAAUUGAUUAGACACCUACCUGUGUAUUUUUGAGUCAUACUAGGGAGGGCGAAUGUGGAUUUCAGCACAUCUGCUCCAUCCGGCUGCAAGACUGUCAAUCCAGGGGGGCACCAGCUGUUUUCAUUACACAGAGACAUUUAAUUGAUGUGUUUUUUGGGUUGUUUUUUUUUUCCUUUUUGGAAUCAUGAACUGAGCUGUAAUAAGUAUGAAAAAUAAUUUUGCAGAAUAAGUUGAAUUGUGGUUGAAGACUCAGCCCAUACAUUUUUCUGCAUAAAUAUUGCAGUAUACCAAUUCUAUUAUUAUCAUCCUUAAGUCACACAACUAAUCUGAAAUGAAACUAAAUUUUUCCUUGUAUCUGUCCCUCUGAGACUUUGUCCACACAAUUCUUUUUCAAAAUAAGAAAGCUUACAGCAAAACCCUUUUUUCACGCAGCUGUUUACGAUGAACCAUUCUAAACACAUGGACAAUAUUUACAUUGUAUUCUCUUUUUUUAUUGUUAGCAUUGACGCAUCUAAGACUACAUAUUAAACUGAUAUGUGAUGGCACAUGUUUUAGAUUGAGCAGAUGAUUGAUGCAAGAUAUAGUACAGUCAAUAGAUACCAUUGUUCAUUUAGGCCAUCUUAUACUUUGAGUCAUGCCAGCAAAACGUCCAUUGUUAAGACAGGGGUUAAAGAUAUGCACCUUAUCAACAGCACUAGUUUCCAAAAGAGAACCAUGACUCAUUGAUUUUAUGACUUGGUCAGUUGUUUACAUGACAAUGGGUACUUUUUUAAAUGUAAGCAUCAGUUCCAUCUCACUUUUAAAUACCAGCUUAAUGGGUCGUGAAGGAAGUAUGGUACCCAGCUUCUGCAGUCAAUGAGCAAGAAACCUUGUAUAGCCUGGACUGGUGUCAAAUUCAUCACAGGGCAGCACAAAGACAAAAAAAGGACAAUAAACCUUGUAUUCCCACAUUCAUGAUUGACGGUAAUGUAGAGAAAUAAAUCAAUCCAACAGUCAUGUGUCCGGACUGUGGGAGGAAAGAACUCAAGAACAGGGAGAACACACAAACUCCAUUCCAAAAGGCCACAAUGGGAUUGUAUCCCAGAAUCCUCUUGCUGCAAUGCUAACAACUGUACCACAGUGCAGCAGGUGUGGUAGCAUAUUUCAAUGAAUUAUUAAUGCAUGUACCUCAUAUCAUCAGUGUUAUAUCUGAAAUCACACCAUCUGUGAACUGUAAACUGAAGCAUAAAAGUCUAAAUAUGACAUAGUGAGGUUAUGUUAUUUAUAUAGAGUCUUGAUCUUUGAAUGCAAAGAUGAAAGCUGAAGAUGAUAUCACUGUGCCAAAAGAAAUGAUUUCUCCAGACAAAGAACUGCAGAAGACUACGAGAAUGAGAUCAUCACUAUGUCCUUAAACUCAACUCAAAACUGCUUUCACCAAGACUCCAUAUAAUGCAAUGUCAAUUUUAGGGAAGAAAAAGGUGAACAAUGCAGAAAAAAAACUAAGAACAAAUAGAUCUAUGAGCUUUGCAGACCUUUUGGCUGUAAAUUGACUUUAUGAGAAGUAAAAAAAAAAAAAAGUGCUUAGUUAAAAUCUAAGUCUUACAGGGACCAGUAAUAGUGGAUCACUACUUGCUGGAAAAUACUAGAACAAAAGAGGUAGAUGAACGUGUUGAGAAUGAAUGAAACCCAAGGGUGCAACCCUGGGCUAACCAGGCAGCCCUGGCUCAAGGUAAUAUCUGCUCAUUACAGAAUUAUUUUCUAUGCUACUUAUUUGCUCCUUUUAUAAUAUUUUUCAAAUAAAUAUUUAAGGUAAAUGUUUGUCUGAGCUCUGCCCGAACAGCUAAAACUGCCAUAAACCUCGCCUGUCAAUGUGAGUAAUACUAGAAAACUGACAGAACAUCUUGUUAGGAGUAUCAAACAGAAAGCAUUCCCUCGGAUAAGUCCGAUUUCCAUACCUUUCUUUUAAGGAGCCUUUGAGUCAAGCAUCAGUUAUAUGAAAUCUGUGUGUAAUUAUCAGAUAAUUGUUUAUAAACUUUAUGAUGUAAACUUACCAUUUAUGUAAGAAACUGCCUUUUUUUAGAUUGUAACAACGUUUCAUAUUCUAUUUUCCCAGAUAUUUUUAAUUUUAUUUAUUUAAUUCUUUUUCCUGAAAACUGUAUACAACCCAGCCUGCUUAACUUUCACACCGUAGCCAGCACAGGGUUAAUCAAGCCUCAGAGUUACUGGCGUAGAAUUCCUCAUUAUAUUACUCCCACUCAAAUACUUGGAAUAGGACUCCUAUUUUUCACCAUCUUGAAGACAGUAUGAGAUAUGUUAGGAAUGAUUGUGGAUGAGUCAAGUAUGAGGGUGUACUGUAUGCCACUGAAAUAAGAUAAGAAUAGGUGUGGAAUAUGGUUGCUUACAUCUUUUCCAGUGUGACCAUACAUUUAUUUUGCAGUGUCCAUGUCUGAAUUACAAAAGAAGACAAAAACCUAGAUUGCACUACAGGAAAUAUGUUGUUAAGAGGUAAUAUAAAUGUAUCAUUGUAUGUAUGGAAAGAGCUGUAUAGGAAUAAUAAUGAUUUUUCACGGGUGAACUGUAUUCAGUCUGCUGACAGAUUGUGAUUUAACAGGAUGUUUCAAAUUAUUGUGCAAAGGUGCCAUCUUGUGGCUAAGAGAGAUAAUUUAGACUUCCCACUUGGUUGUGAUGACCUGCAACUUUGCUGCUAAAGAAAGAUGUAUGAAUACAUUUAUGUGAUAUGGUUCAUUUAUCUUCCUUCAUCAAAAUAAAUAAAGGCAGUUGAAAUUUUG